GGAAAUCAACAAAUCCAGUGCGCCACGAAAGUUCGAAGUGUUGACUUCGAUACGGAAUUCGGAAUGCGUAGCAAUGUGAAAAAAUACAAUACGGCUAAUCGGUUGGAAUGACGCAGUCGUCCUUGUCAAGGCCUUCAUAUUCUGGUAGUGACAACGAAGUGACAAAUGAUGUGGAAGAUUAUCAGGUGGACACUUACAGUACCUCGUCCUGCCAAGAGCUUGAAGAUGACGAUAUCGAGGGUACCAUCGCCAUCCCUCAGCAGGACCUACCUCAUUUCGGAAGUGUUUCGGUAGUGAAUUCAAAUGACGUCCAUUUUGGAAACAAAACCGUUUACAAAGGACCUGUGACUAUAAAACAGUUCGUGUACCCGAAUGGCGAUAUUACUAGUGAAGAUUUGAGUGGUUUGAGUGAUUGCGCUAAAAAAAUUGAUUUGACUAGUGGAGUGAUCAAUAAUGGUUACGUCAAGGGUGAAGGUGACAAAGAUAAUAAUGGAAAGGCAAAAGGGAUUUCGGAGGAUACCGCGGAAUCGACAGUUCCUGUGACAGGAUUAAGAAAAGGAUACUUUUGGACGAAGAAUUUUUGGAAGAAAAGGCCAACAGAAACGAUGAUAGUUCUAAUCCUGAUAGUUGUACUCGUAACCCUCAUAUUAGCAUUAACAUUGUGGAAACACUCUGUAACAAAUCCACUUAAUGGUAAGCCUCAUAAUCCUUACGACGAAGAAGAUAGUGAUAAGCCGAUUUACUAUCCUACCG